UCUCAGUCCUCGAGAACGACAACAACGACCAGCACAUCCGUCGACAACAAUGGCGUCUCGACCUACCGUCACCAUCGCCACGGCUGAGGGCAAGCCCAGCGGGGCUACCUACCCCCUUCCCGCUGUCUUCAAUGCGCCCAUCCGUUCGGAUAUUGUCCAGCAGGUUCACACCGGCAUGGCAAAGAACAAGAGACAGCCCUAUGCUGUGAGCGAGAAGGCUGGUGAACAGACCUCUGCUGAGUCCUGGGGUACCGGCCGUGCUGUCGCCCGUAUUCCUCGUGUCUCUGGUGGUGGUACUCACCGUGCUGGUCAGGCUGCCUUCGGUAACCAGUGCCGCUCUGGUCGCAUGUUCGCUCCUACCAAGGUCUGGAGAAAGUGGCACCGCAAGAUCAACCUUGGCCAGAAGCGCUUCGCUACCGCUUCCGCCUUGGCUGCUUCCUCUGUUCCCGCCCUCCUUUUCGCCCGUGGUCACCGCGUUGCCUCUGUUCCUGAGGUCCCUCUGGUUGUUGAAUCCAAGACCUUUGAGGGUGGUGCUCUCACCAAGACCAAGGCUGCCAUCAAGCUCCUCCAGGCUGUCGGUGCCGGUGAAGAGCUCGUUAAGGUCCAGAAGUCCAAGAAGAUGCGCGCCGGUAAGGGUAAGCUGAGGAGCCGCCGUUUCCGCCAGCGCCGUGGUCCUCUCGUUGUCUACAACCCUGAGGUUGACGGCAAGGAGCUCGUCCGCGCUUUCCGCAACAUCCCCGGUGUUGAGACCUCCUCUGUCUACGCUCUCAACCUCCUCCAGCUCGCCCCCGGUGGUCACUUGGGUCGCUUCAUUGUCUGGACCUCUGCUGCUUUCAAGGCUCUCGAUGAGGUCUACGGCAGCACCACCGCUCCCUCCGCCCUUAAGAAGGACUUCCUCCUGCCCUCCAACACUGUUGCCAACGCAGACAUUACUCGUCUGAUCAACUCCUCUGAAAUCCAGUCCGUGCUGCGCGCACCUAAGGGCGAGGCUCGCACCAAGCGUGCAGUUGUGCAGAAGAAGAACCCUCUGCGCAACAAGCAGAUCAUGCUCAGACUCAACCCCUACGCUGCAGCUUUCUCCAAGGAGAAGCUCGGCCAGAAGGGUGUUGAACACGCCAAGCCUACCCGGGCCGCUGAGACUUUCGUUAGCACUUUGCAUGAAGAUUAGGAUGCCUAUGGUGGACGGGUUUGGUUGAUAUGAGUUUUCGUUGUCUUCGGUUAACAAAAAAGGUAGUGAAUGAAUUAUAACUACUUUCUAAAUACCCAUUCCGUUUGAUAUUACUUUCUAUUCCUACCAGAACAUCUUUCAAUCCAGUAGCUGUAGUGUAGCUUUCUGAGCUAGAGGAGUUUGAAAGAGUGCGUGUGUCACAGAUCAAAGAAAUCCGCAUCUAUUUAUUCCCUCUAACCUAUCGUCAAGCCAGUAGUACUCGCACUGAUAAUAGAGGAGUAACUCAUGAGCUUGUAACGAAG